CGCGCUUCCUGUGAGGUCAGGUGGGAGGAAGCGGCCUGGGAGCCGCCGGGAGUGGACGCCGCUGAGGCCGGGAGCCGCGAACGCAGGUUUUUGAGGUCUGGGGACAGGCACAGCCCAGCAGGGACCCAUCGUUCCUGGGAGGAUGGUGCGGAUCUUGGCCAAUGGGGAGAUAGUGCAGGACGACGACCCCCGCGUGAGGAACACUCUCCCAGCACGCAGUAGCGCCCCUCGACAGAGCUUUCUCAAUAGGGGCCAUGGCGCCCCCCUGGGGGGUUCAGGCCCUCGCCAGCAGCAAGCCGGGGCUCGGCUGGGGGCCGCCCCGUCCCCCUUCAGUGACCUCAACCGGCAGCUGGUGAACAUGGGCUUCCCCCAGUGGCAUCUGGGCAACCAUGCCGUGGAGCCCGUGACCUCCAUCCUGCUCCUUUUCCUGCUGAUGAUGCUGGGCGUGCGCGGACUGCUGCUGGUGGGCCUCGUCUACCUGGUAUCCCACCUGAGUCAGCGGUGACCUCUGCGAGGGAGCGGGGCAGGCAUGCAGGAGAGGGAGUUGGGGAGGCCUUGCUGUGAGGACAGGCACACGGGGCAGGGCCUGGUGCUGGGAAGGUGUGUUCAUAGAAGGCCCUCUGCGGUGCGUUGAGCACGAGGAAGAAGAGGCCUCUAGUCCUGCGUUUCCAAAGUGUGGGGUGGUUGCCCACAUUCCCUUGAGAUGAUUUUAGGUAGUACUGGGCCUGCAUUAAGCACAGAGUCAGAGCAAGAAAGGGAUUCCCUUUCCAAUUCUUUUCCAGUCCUUUUAUGCCAAGAAGAAAGUCUCAGCUGGGUGUCAAUAUGUUCUCAUGUCUCUGAACUCAUGCCUGACGUCCCCUGUUACUAGGGAGAAGGCCUCGGGUGUAGGGCCAUUGGGAAAAGUUUCCAGACUUUUAUAGCUCUGUUUUGUUUUCACGGUAUAUUUUUAAUUGGCUACCUUUUUAUUUAUGACAAGUCGUACUGGCCUCUACUUACUGUGGUGACAUUUUCAAUAAAUAAAUUUAACUAAAAAUGAA